AUGAGGAAUAACACACGGAAUAAUUACAGGUUCCUGAGGGCCCCGAGCGCCCAGCCAAAGCUACUGCGAAAGGCAGAUAAUUCUGCCCUAUCUCUUCAUCAGGGAACUCCAGCCCGGCAGGUGAAGGUGGGGCGUGCAUCCGAAGGGGGCGUGGCUGAGUCUGGGCCACGCCCCCUCCCGUGGUCGACCCACGCGGUUAUAGCGACGCCGAACCGCCUGCGGGAGAACUGGGGCGAUAAAUUAGGGGGUCGGUGUCGCUUUGGUUGUUGCAGUUGCAGAUACGUGAGAUCCUCUUUUUUCCUUGCUGUUUUCAUGGGGUCUUGGCAGUCUCUGAGGUCUAGUUCCCCCUCCCCUAAGAGGCCGGCAGAAAAUGGGGAUGAUUUUCUGGACAGCAAGGAUCGGGAAGAAGACAUUGCCAAAUUCCCUUAUGUGGAAUUCACUGGGCGGGACGGCAUCACCUGCCCCACCUGCCAGGGCAUUGGCUACAUCCCCCCAGAACAAGUUAAUGAACUGGUGGCUCUAAUACCCUAUCAUGACCAAAGGUUAAAACCUCGGAGGACGAAAUUCUACGUCUUGGUGUCGGUGCUGCUUUGCCUCCUGGCUUCUGGGCUGGUCGUCUUCUUUCUCUUUCCGCAUUCGGUCCACGUGGAGGACAACGGUAUCCAAGCGGUGAGGGUGUGGUUUGACCAAAAGAAUUCCCUGGUUAUCCUCUCCCUCACGGCCAACCUCCGAAUUAGGAACUCCAAUUUCUACUCAGUGGCAGUAACUAGCUUGACGACGCAGGUGCAAUACAUGAAUUCUGUGGUUGGAACACACCAGAUGAACAAUGUCACCAGGAUCCAACCACUGAGCAACAAGCUGGUGAAUUUCACAGUGAAGUCCAAAAUGGGCGUACCUUCUUAUUAUGCAUACUUCUUUUGCACAUUAUCCAGAAUCAGAGUGCACAACGUUGUGAUUUUCAUGAGGACUUCAGUGAAGAUCUCCUACCUCGGCUACGUAACUCAGAGUUCUUUGGAGACGCACCAUUACGUAGACUGUGGUGCCAAUUCCACGAUUGCUUCUGGGCCUGAGCCCACACCGCCAACUCCAGAAGAUGUUGUCCAAAGUUUGAGGAAGCUGGCAGUCCUUCAGUGA